AUGUCUACUCAAAAUCACUACCAUUUCAAUGUCGUAAUGUCCUGCGAAGGGUGUUCUAACGCCAUAAGAAGAGUGCUGACGAGGCUAGAGCCUGACGUUUCCAAAAUUGACAUUUCAUUGGAAAAGCAGACUGUGGAUGUCUACACCGUACUUCCAUUUGAGACCAUACUGGAAAAGAUUAAAAAGACAGGCAAAGAGGUGAAAUCGGCUAAAAAAUUGUAG